AUGAAAGCCAAGCACCCUUUCGACAACCCGAGCGCUCUCGACGACUCCAACAUGCAGGCGAUGGCCAACAUUCUCACGACCGGUGUGAAGGGCACGAUCAAGCAUCGAGCUAAAGUGUUGGAACACUAUGAACGAAGAGCUUUGGAGCUUGAAGAGGCUGAAAAGAAGCUUAAGGCCAGCAUGGCCCCGGAGGUGCGCAGGGUCAUGGAGAACAAGAGGAUCUUGUUGUUCAAAGAAGUACUUCAGGAUGCUGGGAUCAAGGAUGAGAAUCUUGUGAAUGACCUCGUGGGUGGCUUUCGGAUUACGGGAGAACUACAACCUUCGGGGCUUUUUCAACGGAGGCUCAAACCUGCGGCCUUGUCCCAUGACGACCUCAAAACGACGGCGAAGUGGGCGAAGCACACUGUGGCGUCAUCCUGCAGAGCGGCGGCAAAGGAUCCCGAGGUGGCAACUGCGGUCUGGGACGAAGCACUGGAACAGGUUAACAAAGGAUGGCUGCGGGGACCUUACAGCUGGUCUGAGAUUGAUGCUAAGUAUAAAGGAACUUGGAUAGGCUCCAAGCGCUUUGGCAUCUUGCAGGGCGACAAGAUCAGAGCCAUCGAUGAUCUGUCAGAGUUCUUGGUUAAUUCAUCGGUCACCGAGACUGAGAAGAUUAGUCUUGAAGGCAUCGAUCAGAUCGUCGCCACGGCUCGGUUCUUCAGUGGUGCAGUGUCCGGGGAUGGCGAGUGCUUUGAGCUGCCAAAGGAGGACGGAGGAACCUUCAACGGCAAGGUGCAUCGCGACUUCUCGCGUGCAGGUGAUCGCAAGAUUGUUGGGCGGGCUCUUGAUUUGCGUUCAGCUUACAAGCAACUGGCUAGACAUCCGGAUGAUGCAUGGGCCACGGUUCUGGCAGUGUACGAUCAGGCCAAUGACGAGGUCAAGUACUUUGAGGCUUUGAAGCUGGUGAUGUCACGUUUGUUGUGGUUGGUCAACACGAGUUAUUACGAUGACUUCACGCAGAUGGAGUUUGAGGGGCUUGGUGAGUCGGCUUCGAAGACGGCAGAGAGGCUUAUGGACUUGUUGGGUUGGGAAAUUUCACGUGGCGACAAGUUGCACCCGCUACAAUCGCGAUUCAACAUUUUGGGCGUUUCCUUGGACCUAAGCAACUCCGAGGCCGGCAUUAUCAGAGUUCACAACAAAGAGGGCCGCGUGGAAUCCUUGUGGCAAUCGCUUUCUUCGAUGGAGGCCGAUCGCACUAAGGUACAUGGUUCUUUAGCAUCGUUCAAGGGCAGGUUGCUGUUUGCCACUAACCACGUCUUCGGGCGUUGCGCUCAGAUUUGCACUCAGCUGAUAAGCCAAGCUCAGAAGCAUGGCAUCCAAUCCGGAACGAUUGAUGGAAUCUUCAAGGCGGCUAAGUCUGCACUUGAUAUUCUUGAAGCUUCAGGCCCCAGAGAGAUAGCGAGGUGGGGUGAUGGUCCACCCAUCCUCAUCUUCACCGAUGGGGCUUGCGAGGACGAAGGGAACUUGGUCACGCAUGGAGCGGUCAUGUUCGAUCCCGCUACAGGUCGACAAGAAUUCUUUGGUGACCAU